GUGACACUGCCCCAAAGGAGGGUGCAAUCCCUCUAGCUUUUCAUUUGUUCCCCCAGAAGGCGCCUGAGAACCAUGGGAACCGAAGCAAUGUUUGGCCUUACUGGCAAGGACUUUGUGAUCCUUGCCGCGGAUGGUCAGGCGGCCUAUUCUAUCAUCCGUCUCAAGAACGACGCAGACAAGAUUUGGAAGGUGGGGAACAUGCUCUUUGGAUGCUCAGGGCCCUCGGCAGACACUGCCAACUUCAUGGAAUUCAUCGAAAAAAACGUGAAGCUCAAUGAGCUGAGAACGGGCAUCCCCAUGUCGACCAAGGCAGCUGCUAGCUUCACCCGCAAUGAGUUGGCUCAUGCCCUGCGCAAGGGACCCUUCCAGGCGGAUCUUCUUGUUGCCGGAGUGGACAACGAAGGCCCCAGCCUUUACUUCAUGGACUACCUGGCAAGUUCAGUGAAGGUGAACAAGGCGGCUCAUGGCUACGGCGCCAUGUUCACAUUAGGUUUGAUGGAUCGAUACUGGAAGCCAGAUCUCACUGAAGAAGAGGCCAUUGACAUCAUCAAGAAAUGCAUCAAGGAGCUGGAGACGCGCUUCAUUGUAGAUUUGCCCGGGUACAAAUGCAAGAUCGUGAGCAAGACUGGCAUUAAGGAAGUGCAGCUGUGAGAGAGCUACCAGCGACCUGAGCAACACCCGCUUCUGAGCUCCAAUGUCAUACCUGGCCAUGGAAACUUAUGGGCUAAAUGGCUAACAGCGGCUCCCACUUGUGC